AUGUCAACCGCUAUUUCAACCUUCUCUCCUUUUGAGCCUGCUAAUGAAGUCUGGGAAGCGUAUUUAGAACGUUUCGAAUGCUUUCUGCAGGCGAAUAAUUUAUCUGAUAUCUCGAGCGCUAGGAAGCGUGGUUACUUCCUUAGUUUUUGUGGCCGUCACGUUUUUGCGACGGCUCGGGCUCUUACCGCCCCACAAGCAGUGUCGUCCGUUCCUUGGGACAUACUAUUGGAGAAACUACAGGCCCACUAUUCCCCGAAACCUUCCCGUGUGGCCAGACGACAUCUUUUUAGACAGCGGUUUCAGGGCGAGGGCGAGUCUAUCAAUGAUUUUAUGGCGUCCCUUCGCGAUGCUGCACUACAGUGCGAGUUCACCGAUUUGGAAGACAUGUUGCUAGACCAACUAGUUACAGGGGUCAAGGACCUGCGGUUGCAGCGCCGCCUACUGGCCCGCUCUGAAGUGACACUCCAGGGGGCUAUUGAGGAGGCACGAGCUUCUGAAAUGUCGGAACGGUCGUCAGCAGAGAUUCAGCGGUUCCAUGUUGGAGCCGCUGCGGCUGCUGCCGGCAAGCCACUAUCAGUCCACCAUGAAGAUGCAGAUGGGGACACGCCGUUCCCUGCUGAUGAAGCUUUGCGCCGCCUCAAUGCAGCACGAAGAAAUGAGUGCAAUCGCGAGGGGAGGGGAAAACCAGAGAUGUGCCUCGGGUGCGGGGGAAACCACAACCGCUCGAGCUGCAGAUUUAAAACCGCGAUUUGUUGCCGGUGUGGCCGAAUGGGUCACCUAUCGAGAGUCUGCUGGGCCCUUCUUCCAGCUCCAACCACAUAUUCGACCCCGUUUGAACCGAGGUGCGAUGUAAGACGAAUGCCGAGUCGCCGUGACGAACGCCAACCUGCCUCCAAGGGCUACGAUGUUGCAACGAUUGACGUCAACCACGCCUCUUCCGGUAUUCCUGCCCAAAAGAUCUUCCUCAGAGUUCUUCUAGAAGAUGUACCAAUUUCAAUGGAGAUUGACACCGGCUCCUCUAGAUCACUUAUCGCAUGGCCGACGCUGCAGAAGUUGAUGCCCCACAUCUCUAAACGCUGCCUUCAGCCCUGUCAGAUCUCUUUAAGGGACUAUCAGGGCCGACAAAUUCCUACUGUGGGAUGUGGGGUUUUUCGGGUCGCCUAUGGGUCCUUUUCGGGGAAAUUACCUCUCAUUGUAGUCAGGGAUAACCUCCCAAGUCUCUUAGGGCUGGACUGGUUUGCUGCUUUACAUCUUGAAGUGUCCGGAGUCCAUGCUAAUGUCCUAGAUACUCUAGACAAUCUAUUUUCAGAGUUUGGGGAUGUAUUUGACGGUAGUUUGGGCAAGUACACUGGUCGCCCUAUCGCUUUUAAUUUGGACCCUCAGAUAGCUCCUAGGCGCCUCAAGCCCCGACGGGUUCCCCUAGCGCUCCGUCCGAGGGUAGACAAAGAGCUAGAUAAACUUAUUUCUCAAGGAGUCCUUGAACCUAUAGACCAUUCUAAUUGGGAAACCCCCAUUGUGAUUCCAUUAAAGCCGGACGGAUCCAUUAGGAUCUGUGCCGAUUACAAAUGCACCAUAAAUAGAGCCCUGCAGGAUAAUCCUUAUCCGGUCCCAGUUGUACAACAUCUCCUUCACUCAUUGGGGCAAGGCAAAAUAUUUGCUAAAUUAGAUCUCGCCCAGGCGUAUCAGCAACUCCCGGUGGAUGAAGCGACCGCCAUGGCCCAGGCGAUUGUCACCCACCGGGGUGCCUUUAAGUGUAACCGCCUGCAGUUCGGGGUCAGUAUAGCCCCCGGGCUAUUCCAAGGCUUGAUGGAGCGAUUGCUCCACGGUAUUCCAGGGGUUGUACCCUAUUUCGACGACGUUCUGAUCUCUGCUAGGGAUAGGUCAGAACUCGUCGAACGUUUGAGCGACCAUAAACCAUUGUUGGGGUUGCUGGCAGGCGACCGCCAAACCCCCCAAAUUCUAUCCCCACGCAUGUCCCGCUGGGUGGAAUUCCUUGCCGCCUAUUCUUACCAACUGUUGUAUAAGCCCGGGAAAUUUAUAGGGCAUGCGGACGCGCUUAGUCGCUGCCCUUUACCUAUAAUGGAGGCCGACCCAGCCCCGACGUCUGCUGUCCUUCUUGUUGAGGACUGGGACGUUCCUGUUUCUGCUGUUGAUAUCGAGAGUUUGUCUGCUAAGGACCCAUUUCUGUCUAAAAUCAUCGAUUGGGUGAAAAGGGGUUGGCCGCGGGGAUCACUAGCUUCUGAAUUCCUUCCAUACUCCCGCCGGCAGCAUGAACUAUCGGUCCUUAAGGGGUGCCUGUUGUGGGGGAAUAGGGUAGUAGUACCCCCCGACUUGCGUAAGUGUAUCUUGAGUUGUUUGCAUGACGCCCACCCAGGAAUGGUAAGAAUGAAAGCCUUAGGGCGCAGUUACGUUUGGUGGCCGGGGAUGGAUCAGGAGAUCGAGGCCUGGGUGGCAAAUUGCCCCCAGUGCCAAGCCUCUAGAUCAGCGCCAGCCGCUGCCCCCGUCAGGAACUGGGAGAAUCCCAGAAACCCUUGGGCGCGAGUCCAUGUGGACUUCGCUGGACCUUUUUUGGGCCAAACCUUUCUAAUUCUAGUCGACGCCUAUUCGAAGUGGGUUGAUAUUGCAUUGACACCUUCCCCCACGGCUGGAGCCGUCGUCAGGGUCCUGGAAACCCUGUUUGCCACCCAUGGACUUCCCGACGUCAUUGUCACUGACAAUGGGGCCCAAUUUACAUCGGCCUAUUUUCAGCAGUUAAUGGCACGGCUGGGCAUCCGCCAUGCCCCCACGGCUCCUUUCCACCCGGCGGGGAAUGGCCGGGCGGAAAGGGCCGUUAGGGCAGCUAAAGAAGCAUUAAGUCGCCUGGGCCCCUCCAACUGGCAUCACAAGAUCUGCCAAUACUUAUUGGCACAACAUUCAACCCCAUGCCCAGAUACUAAUCGUAGCCCGGCUGAGAUGUUGAUGGGUCGGCGCUUACGAACCACUCUAGAUCGUUUGCAUCCGAGUUUUACUCCAGAUAUACCCAGAUGCACAGAUUCCAACUAUAGGAAUUUUAGGGUGAGGGACCUGGUCUACGCAGAAAACUUCGGGGCUGACACCCGGUGGCUCCCCGGUACUAUUAUUCAAAUAACCAGACCCUAUUCUUAUAGGGUCCAACUGGGAGAUGGACGCCAGUGGCGCCGACAUAUAAAUCAGCUGCGCCGAAGAAUCACAGGGCCGGCUGAUCCAUGCCCUGAGCAAAGCAUCGCUGUUUUAACACCUGACCAUUGCUUCGGGGGUCCGGUGGCCCAGCCAGACACACCACGUACUUCAACCCCCGAAGCGGUCUCGCCGGCUGCCUUACCUGCGGCUCCCGUUGCUGCAGCGUCGCCAGGGCCUUUUCCCGAUCCAGAUGUGCACUCUCCGCCCUCGGAGCAGGAUUGCAGUCCGGCUCCUCCCACUCCAGCGCCACCGAUUCAAGAACUAAGACAAUCGGGGCGGAGCCGACGGCGCCCGGCAUAUCUCGCAGAUUAUGCAUGUGCCAUCCGGAGGGUGAAGGGUGUUGUGUCCUCGGGAAUGCGACCCGAGGAGAGAAUGCCUGUUGCUAGCCGUCGCUGA